AUGCUGGCCAUUCAUUAUUCUAUCAAGGAAAUCAAUAAAUAUUUACCUCCAACUAAUCAUUGGUUGAUCCUCGCUAGUUCAGUACCAGUAGCUCUUUCUUGUGGUACGGUGUUUGCUUUCUCCAUUUAUUCUACCCAAUUAUCAGAACAAUGUAAUUUGACUACCUCCAAUACUUCCAGUUUGAACAUUAGUAUGGUCAUUGGUUCAGCUUUAGGUGGUUUGAUCGGUGGACUCGUUACGGAUGUUUUUGGAACUCAAUUACCUAUGUUACUUGGAUGUGUUACUAUGUUCUUCGGAUAUAAAUGGCUUUAUGAAUUAUUCAAUCAAGGGGAGGAUGCUUCAUUGAUGUUUUUGAUUAUUUCUAUGUUCUUCGUAGGAAUUGGGUCCACUGCAGGGUAUUUCAGUGCUAUUAAGGCGGUAACUAUUGAGUUCCCUAAUUUCAAAGCUACGGCUCAAAGUAUUACUAUUGCUUGUUUUGCUAUAUCUUCAUUGAUUAUCUCAUUCAUUGCAACCCAUGUGUUUCAGAGUGACAUUGCUGCUUUCUUGAAGUUCUUAUAUAUCACCUGUGGAUCUUUGAACUUCAUAGGGUUCUUAUUCAUUAGAGUUGAAGGCCAUUAUAAACCUGGAGGUGAAGUGUUCAUCGAAGAUAAUGAAAAUGAAGCCAUGGCUUUAUUACCUUCACACUCCCAUCCUAAGACUAAGAACUUAAGUCAUCUUGAUCUCAAAGAAUCUAUCAUGCAUCCUAUUUUCUGGUACCAUUUCUUCAUGUUCUCCAUUAUCCAAGGUUUGGGUCAAAUGUAUAUCUAUCAGGUGGGCUUUAUCAUCAAAGCAGUGUAUAAUUAUUAUCCUGGUGGUAACUUACACCACCUUCAAGCCUUACACGUAUCAUUGAUUGCUGUUUGUUCAUUCAUUGGUAGAUUAUCUUCAGGACCUACAUCUGAUUUCUUAGUCAAGUCUGGAUUCCAAAGACAUUGGGGUUUGGUCUUAGGUCUUACUAUCAUGUUGAUGGGCCACUUAUUCAAUAUCUUGAGUUUAGAUAUCUUUGGAUCUUUACAUGUAGCCAAUAUCUUCUUAUCCAUUAACUCCUGUUUGAUUGGUUUUGCUUAUGGAUUCAGUUUCACCUGUUAUCCUGCCAUUAUCUCCGACAUCUUCAACAUGAAAAACUACAGUUUUAUUUGGGGAUUAAUGUAUUCCAGUACAGCUUUUGGGUUAACUUUGAUGUCAAGAUUGUUCGGAUUCUUCUAUGAUUUACAUUCGGAGUUCGAUGGUGAUGAUUUGGUUUGUUUUAAGGGUAGUGGAUGUUAUUUCCAAACUUUUGAAAUCACUUCAUCUUUAUGUUUCUUAGUCAUUUGUUUUAUCUUGGGUUAUAUUUAUUAUAGAAAAUAG